AUGCAAUACGGUGUUGGAGACCUCGUGAGGUGCAUAUGGGGUGCGAAACCUGUUGAAUACGAAGCUAAAAUUCUUGACGUAGACAAUGAGUCGGAGGAGUAUUACGUGCACUACCAAGGCUGGAACAAACGCUAUGAUGAAUGGAUAACCGAAAGUUCCAUUAUUGGCUGGGCAAAGAAACAUGAGGAAACUAUUCCACAAAUUGAAACUCCGAAAAUUCGUCACUCUAAAAGAGAAAAGAAGGCCAAAAAGCCUAUUGAUUGGUCACCAGCUCAUAAUGUUUCUGUACGACAUGAAGAGCAACCACUUCGCAGAAAGCACUUUGCAUUUUCUCAUGCAAGAGUAACAAAUAACCUCAAAUUGUUUUGGGUGCCUCAUGCGUACUCAUCGAAGCCUAAACGUUCACCUCCGAACAAAGUUUCAAAGCAUCCUGCACCGUUAUCUUCAAUCAUUGCAAAUGAAUCUACGGAUGAUGAACCAACAAGCGAUGAAGAAAUCAUCGAUCUUUCUAUUCCACGUUCUUAUAUCGACGUCCUUGCUAAAGCAAAAAGAAGGGCUGAGAGAAAAAGAAAUCGAGGAGCACUCCCACAAUUCACUCAAGCGACGGGAUCAGGAAGUAACUCGUCCCAUACAAGAAGCUUGCCAAAUGGAGCACAUCCGAUGAUGCGUCCUACUUCAACGAACAAACACACCACUGCUAGUGGAUUGUCUUCGACAGUAUCCACGUCCAUGGAGUGUCACAAUUUCGCUUCUAUUGGUGGUGACCACAACUAUUCGAGCCUUCGAUUCCAAUACAACAAGACGCGACCCAUCGGGAUUGAACGAAAAGAUCCUAGUACGGUUGAGGUCACUAGCAGCAUCAAACGCAUUCUUCCUAUCAGAAAACCGCUCAACUUUGAACUUCCAAUGCCGUAUUUCAAGCCUCGGUUCAAAUUCAUAUCAUCAUCUGCUGCAAAUUCAAAGGUUAAUACGAGACGUCUCCCGACUGCUGAUUGUCCUCCAAAUCUUGGAUCCCCUUACAAUUACCGUGAUGAAUUCCAUUUGGCACUUACUUCGUCAUCUAUGGAGUGCGAUUCGUUGUCCACAAGCUCAUCGCGGGAUUUCAGUCACCCUCAUGGAGAAGAAAGUGAUAGCAGAACGUUUAGCUCGUCGUCGUCUGAGCAGGAUGAAAUUGCAGCUUCACUCAUUCCUUUAGUCACAUCUGAGCCGAGGUCAAAUUUUACGAUUGUAACAUAG